CCAGCUGCACGCGGGAAGCUUGUGCGAGAUGGCGGUCGACAUUUGGACCGCUUAGACUGUUUCACCGCCGCACUGAUUGUUGCAUUUUUGCCUUCUUCUCUUGCGUAUUCUGAGCCGAGCCAUGGAGGGCGGCAAGCCGAACCUGGCUCUGGUUUACCAGGCGGUCCAGGCCCUGUACCACGAUCCUAACCCAUCUGGGAAGGAGCAAGCGUCUGUGUGGCUUGGGGAGCUCCAGAGAUCGAUGUAUGCCUGGGAGAUCUCAGACCAGCUGCUGCAGCUCAAGCAGGACGUAGAGUCCUGCUACUUUGCUGCUCAAACCAUGAAGAUGAAGAUCCAGACAUCCUUUUACGAGCUCCCGCCCGACACUCACAAUUCACUGCGAGACUCACUCCUGACUCAUAUUCAGAAUCUUAAAGACCUGUCCCCCAUCAUCGUCACACAGUUGGCUUUAGCGAUUGCUGACCUCGCCCUGCAGAUGGCCUCCUGGAAAGGAUGUGUUCAUACACUCAUUGAAAAGUACAACAAUGACAUCAGCUCCAUGCCCUUCCUUAUUGAGAUUCUCACCGUACUACCAGAGGAAGUCCACAGCCGCUCGCUGAGGAUCGGCGCCAAUCGCAGGACUGAAAUCAUAGAGGAUCUGGCUUUUUACUCCACCACUGUGGUCACUCUUUUGACGACGUGUGUGGAGAAAACCGGGAACGACGAGAAGAUGCUCAUUAAGGUGUUUCGAUGUCUCAGCAGCUGGUUUAACCUGGGAGUUCUGGACAGUAAUUUUAUCGCCAGUAACCAGCUGCUCAUGGUUCUGUUCCAAGUUCUGCAACAGGAUGAAACCCCCACCAACCUUCACGAGGCCGCGUCGGACUGUGUGUGCUCGGCUCUCUACGCCAUAGAGAACGUUGACAACAAUGUGGGAUUAGCGCUGCAGCUCUUCCAGGGUGUCCUGACGCUGGAGACAGCCUAUCACAUGGCUGUGGCUAGAGAAGAUCUGGACAAAGUCCUGAACUACUGCCGAAUCUUCACAGAGCUCUGUGAGACUUUCCUAGAAACCACAGUGAGGAGUCCGGGCCAGGGGAUGGGAGACCUGAGAAUACUGGAGCUGCUGCUGAUCUGUGCAGGACACCCACAGUACGAGGUGGUGGAGAUCUCCUUUAACUUCUGGUACCGUCUGGGGGAGCACCUUUACAAGAUCAACGACGCAGCUCUCCACUCCAUCUUCAGACCCUAUAUCCAGAGACUUCUGCACUGCUUGGCCCGACACUGUCAGCUGGAUUCAGACCACGAAGGCAUUCCAGAAGAUACUGAUGACUUCGGCGAGUUCAGGAUACGGGUGUCAGAUCUGGUGAAAGACGUAAUUUUUCUAGUCGGUUCAAUGGAAUGUUUUACUCAGUUAUAUUCGACCUUAAAAGAGGGCAACCCUCCAUGGGAAGUGACGGAAGCAGUACUCUUCAUCAUGGCUGCCAUCGCUAAGAGCGUGGACCCGGAGAACAACCCAACAUUGUCAGAGGUGCUGCAGCAGGUGGUUCUGUUGCCAGAGAGUGUUCAUAUAGCGGUGCGGUACACGAGCAUCGAGUUGGUUGGAGAAAUGAGCGAGGUUGUGGACAGAAACCCCAGAUAUCUUGAUCCGGUGCUGAACUACCUGAUGAAAGGUCUGAGGGAGAAACCGCUUGCGUCUGCAGCUGCCAAGGCGAUACACAACAUCUGUUCAGUGUGCAGAGAUCACAUGGCACAACACUUCCAGGGCCUGUUGGACAUUGCUCGCUCACUUGACUCCUUCGCUCUGUCGUCAGAAGCCGCCAUUGGGUUGCUCAAAGGUACGGCUCUGGUCCUCGGCCGUCUUCCUCUGGAGAAGAUCGCAGAAUGUCUCAGCGACUUGUGUGCAGUUCAGGUCCUGGCGCUCAAAAAGCUUUUAUCAGAACAAUCAACAAACGGUAAAUUAGCUGACCCGACCGUCUGGCUAGACAGACUCGCGGUCAUUUUUAGACAUACAAACCCCAUUGUGGAGAAUGGUCAAACACAUCCGUGCCAGAAGGUCAUCCAGGAGAUCUGGCCGGUGCUGUCACAGACGUUGGACACUCAUCAAGCUGACAACAGAAUUGUGGAGCGGUGCUGUCGCUGCCUCAGGUUUGCCGUGCGUUGUGUGGGGAAAGGAUCCGCCUCCCUGCUGCAGCCUCUGGUCACACAGAUGGUGAGCGUUUAUCAAGUUUACCCACACUCGUGCUUCCUGUACCUGGGCAGCAUCCUGGUGGAUGAGUAUGGGAUGGAGGAGGGCUGCAGACAAGGGUUAUUGGAUAUGUUGCAGGCUCUGUGCAUGCCGACCUUCCAGCUGCUGGAGCAGCCAAAUGGACUGAGGAAUCACCCCGACACAGUGGAUGACCUCUUCAGACUGGCCACCAGGUUUGUCCAGAGAAGCCCCGUCACUUUACUCAGCAGCAGCAUCAUCGUUCACAUCAUCCAGUGCGCGAUCGCCGCCACUUCCCUGGACCACCGGGACGCCAACUGCAGCGUCAUGAAGUUCGUCCGCGAUCUGAUCCACACUGGCGUUGCCAAUGAUCACGAGGAGAACUUUGAGGUGAGGAAGCAGCUGAUUGGUCAGGCCAUGGAUCAGCACGGUCAGCAGCUCAUCACACAGCUGAUGAACUCCUGCUGCUUCUGUCUGCCGCCGUACACGCUGCCUGACGUGGCCGAGGUGCUGUGGGAGAUGAUGACCUUUGACCGGCCGACGUUCUGCCGCUGGCUGGAGAGUGCACUGAAGGGUUUACCCAAGGAGACGUCAGGCGGGACCGUGACAGUGACUCACAAACAGCUGACCGACUUCCACAAGCAGGUCACCAGCGCUGAGGAGUGUAAACAAGUGUGUUGGGCCAUCAGAGAGUUCACCAGACUGUUCCGAUAGCUGGGACGUUCACUCAACACACACCAGGUCAAAUCUUCAUUCAGCGGUGAAACUGUAGUUGAGGAUCAGAGACGGGAUGGAGGCGGGACUUUGAAUGUGACACUCAUACGAUGGACUGUUUGGACCGACUGACGGAAAAAAAAGGGGAAGGGUCGGCCCCCCUGACCUCACCUGCAACAGGUGUCGGGUGGUCGGGUCCAGGAGGCGGAGUCAUCUGUAAUUCGAAGGAUGUGCCUGGUCGACUGUUUUUAAGAGAAGAUUUAUUUUUGGUUGUGCUGAUUUUUGUCGGUGCCAUACUAAGAGCCUCUAGUCAAUGCGCGAUGCCGUCGGCCCGACGAGCUCCGCGCGGAAACUUCACGUUGGAGGACCCGGCAUCAUCUUUGGACUUUUUAAAUAAUCGGUUUACUUUUAGUUGUUUUGCCACAAAGUGAGACACUCUGAACUCUGAGGGGGUCAGGUGAACUGACAUGAUGAUAUCAUCGAUCAUGUAGCCUUGUUGUAACCAAUUAAACAACUCAAACA